AUGUCGCAAAAGGCCGUAGAUAUCCCCGUCCGCCAGGCUGGCGAUGGCGAUACUGGUGAUACUGGGGGUGCAGCAGACCAAAGCAGCGCCAUCGACAGCUCAGGAUCAUCGCCUGUCAUGCCUCAGGCUUUUGUGCGCCAUCGUCAUCUGAGUGGUGGACCAGGUGUCGGUCCCGGCACCGCAUCUCCUGGCAGGUACAGCGUCACGCAAGCACAGCAGCUCGUUCAAAGGAUGGCGCAGCAAGAACAAGUACAGCGGGAAGCCGCUGCGGCCAAUAGCCAGCAGACGCAGCAGCAAGCAGCGCGAGAUCUUGCGCGCUCUACGUCCGUCCGCGGUUCCGCCCGAAAGCUCUCCGGAGGUACUCCUGUGUUCUCGUCGGCGUCUCCUCGCCAUUUUUCGCAGUCAAGGCCCGCACCUUUCCCACAAGCUUCUCAGAGAGAGGCGUUCGAUGUCGCAGUGGCUUCCAGCAACCUCGCUUCGAGCUCCGACGGCCUUCAAGCCUUGUUGCGCGAUCACCCUGAGCUGGUUUCGAGCAGCUUGGCAGCGGCGGCUGGUCCGAACUUAGCCAAGACGGGCGCUUUCAGCACUCGAUCCGGUAGUCACGCAGGCAGCAAGUCCAACAGUAUCCCAGGAACGCCGUUCGAAGGAUCUGAUGUGCAAGGGCAAGGUCCACUCCUCGCAAUGGGAGGUUCGCUUUCCAAUUCGUUCCAUGCAUCACAGAACCAGACUCAGCAACAGCAGCAACAGAACGCGGUCACGUCGCCCACGCAAGACUAUGGUCGAGGACGGAUCCUGAAGGAUGCACCCAACGUGGGUGAAGGCGGGCCGUCUGGUGGUGGUCAGAGCGGGCUGGGUGCAGCGCUUGGUCUCGGCCACGGCAUCCGCACGGGCUUAUCUACACCGAACUUAGGUGCUGCGGGUGCAAGACCGGACUACUCGGGAGCCAAGAUCGUAGUUUGCAUGGUAGGCCUGCCGGCGCGUGGCAAGAGUUAUGUCGCGAACCGCGUGCUCAAGUACCUGCGUUGGUUGGAGUACGAUGUCAAGGUGUUCAACGUCGGACAACUUCGACGUGCGCUGGCGAGGGCCAAGUACAAUACGUCUGGUGUAAAGGAGGAUCACACGGCGUCGUUUUUCGAUCCCUCGAAUCCGAGCGCUUACAAGUUGCGUUCGCAGAUGGCGGAGGAAUGCCUGGAGCAGCUGAUUGGUUGGUUGAAGCGCGGCGGCAACGUUGGUAUUCACGACGCGACCAACUCGACGCAGGCGCGUCGCAAAGAGAUUGCCGAUCGGAUCGCUAAGGAGCCUGACCUGAAGCUGGUGUUUCUGGAAUCAAUCUGUACGGACCCCAAGGUGAUUGAUGCCAACAUCGCAGUCAAAGUUAGCAGUGGCGAUCCGGAUUAUGCUGGAAUGACGCCAGAAGCUGCCAAAGCCGACUUUUUGGCACGCAUCAAGCACUACGAAGACACGUACGAGGCGGUGAAUCACGAUGGAUCCGAAUCGCACUAUUCGUACGUCAAAGUGACCGACGUAGGCAAGUCGGUGACGAUCAACCGUAUUCAAGGGUAUUUGGAAUCGCGGAUUGCGUUCUACCUGAUGAAUUUGCAUCUGACGCCACGCAACAUCUUUUUCUCGCGUCACGGCGAAUCGCAAUACAACGUGGAAGGCAAGAUCGGAGGGGACUCGGACCUGAGUCCUCGUGGAUGGAUGUAUGCCAAGGCUUUACCUCAGUUGAUCAAAGAUAAUAUUGGAGAUGCACCGUUGACGGUGUGGCAUUCGACGUUGAGGCGGACGGGGCAGACGGCGAGUGAGUUGCCGUAUCCGAAGCUGGCAUGGAAGAGUUUGGACGAGCUGGAUGCGGGCGUUUGUGACGCUAUGACAUACGAGGAAAUUGAAAAGUACUAUCCGGAGGACUAUGCUAAUCGGGAUGACGAUAAGUUUAACUAUCGGUAUCGGGGUGGCGAGUCGUAUCGCGAUGUGGUGGUUCGGUUAGAACCCAUCAUCAUGGAGCUGGAACGUCAGGAGAAUAUCUUGAUCAUCGGUCAUCAGGCUAUCAUUCGAUGUUUAUACGCCUACUUCCACGCGCUGUCGCAAGAAGACCUGCCGUACAUCAAAAUCCCGCUGCAUACUGUCAUCCAACUCACCCCCAAGGCGUACGGAUGCGACGAAAAGAGAUUCCAACUCCCCAUAGACGCCGUCGACACGCACAGACCCAAACCCCUCCGCACAGACAUAGAUCACCACCCCCCCACGCCCCCCCUCGACCCACUCGAGGACGCUGCCACCUCAGCACCCCCCACUCAGACAAACCCAUCGCUCUCACUCUCCUAG